UUCCGCGUCGGCGAUAGCUGGACUGAGAUCUCAUCACUCGGUUACUCUUCUGAUUUGAUGCUUUGGAUUCUGAAUAGUGAAGUCUGAAGCUUAAGUUUUUUUUUUUUUUUAAAAAAAAAAGCCAAGAGGGACGACGUCGUUGGCAUUUGGCCGGAAUGGCGAGUGAUCGUCGGUGGUCCUCGGCUUUUCUUCUCCUUCUGCUUUUGCAUUUGAACGUCGUCGUUUACGGCAAAACUCUGAAGCGAGAUGUUAAAGCUCUAAAUGAGAUUAAAGCUUCCCUUGGAUGGAGGGUGGUUUAUGCAUGGGUUGGAGAAGAUCCCUGUGGAGACGGUGAUUUGCCGCCUUGGUCUGGGGUUACAUGCUCGCGGUCCACAGUUGGGGAUUAUAAAGUAGUCACUGAACUGGAAGUUUAUGCAGUUUCCAUUGUCGGCCCUUUUCCUACUGCUGUGACUAAUUUGUUGGAUCUCACGAGACUGGAUCUCCAUAACAACAAGCUUACGGGACCAAUUCCUCCUCAAAUUGAGCGUUUGAAGCGCCUCAAAAUCCUCAAUUUGAGGUGGAAUAAGCUUCAAGAUGUCAUUCCUCCUGAAAUAGGUGAACUCAGGCAACUAACACAUCUCUACCUGAGUUUUAAUAAUUUCAAAGGUGAAAUCCCGAAGGAGCUUGCUAAUCUUCCUGAGCUUCGUUAUCUCCAACUGCAUGAAAAUCGUUUUACUGGACGGAUUCCCCCUGAAUUGGGCACUUUACAAAAUCUGCGACACUUGGAUGUUGGUAAUAAUCAUUUGGUUGGCACUAUAAGGGAACUCAUAAGGAUUGAAGGAUGCUUUCCAGCUCUUCGUAACCUUUACUUAAAUAAUAAUUACCUUACGGGAGGCAUUCCGGCACAGCUGGCAAAUUUGACAAACUUGGAAAUCUUAUAUCUAUCCUACAACAAAAUGUCUGGAAUCAUUCCAUCUAGCCUUGCUCAUAUUCCUAAAUUGACUUACUUGUAUUUGGAUCACAAUCAAUUUUCUGGGAGGAUCCCUGAUGCAUUCUAUAAGCAUCCCUUGGUGAAAGAAAUGUACAUUGAAGGUAACUCGUUCAGGCAAGGCGUUAAUCCAAUUGGGGUUCAUAAAGUGCUAGAACUGUAUGAUACGGAUUUCUCAGUUUAGCCUACUUAAAAGCCUCCUGAUUUGAUUUUAUUACAAGUAGCUUUUCAUUCUUCCCCGGAAAAGGCGAAUACAGGUUAUCAGAGCAGAUCAGGAAUGUGAUGUCUGUUCAUAGAGUGGAUAACUUCCAUAUAAUUUUUGUCUCCUUAGUUUCUUCUACAACAAACAACUUGACAUGGAAAUCAUUUUUAUGCUCUAUUACUGUAGGUUUUAUGCUGAGAAAAACUGUAUAAAUCGUAGGGGAAUAUAGUUUUAAAAUAUUUUCAGUACCAGUAA